AUGUCUCUCCUCCGUCUUCGUCUCGCAUCUCCACCCAACAUGGACUACCUCACAGUCUUCGCCACUCGCAGCCUCGUCCUCUUCCCUCGCACCACUCCCUCGGCACCCCUCUUCUCCUCCCCUCGCACACUCACCCCGCCCCCCGUUGAGAUGCCGCUCUACGCCCUCUUGCGCGACGACACUCAUUGCGCCUGGUACCUCGUCGACCAGCUCCUUGAGGCACCUCGGGCGGCAGCUUCCGUGGCACGCGAGCUCGAGAUGGAGGCCGAGGUUCUGGUGUGGGAGCAGAUCGACCGCGCCAAGAUGUUUGGUCGCGCACUCGCCCUUCUCUUUGGCAGUUCCAGCAACGUUAGCGAGGACGAGCUGUGUCAGCUCGCCGCCAAGCAUGGUCUCGAGCUGGCCGCACCAGCUGGUGGCCUUCUCCUCCUGGUUCAGCGGCAUUACCGCGAGGACGUGCCGGUCAUCCUCGCUUAG